GUUGUAGUUGAUUUUAGGGACACUCCCUGUCUAUUCAUUAGACCUGCACCCUGCUUUAUUAGAGCGAUGUGAUCGAUCGGGCGACCUACUUGUAAGCGUUACCGCGUUGAUAAACUAACUGUUACUUCUCUGACAUGGAAAUUCCUACUAGACCACCACAAAGGUUCGGGAGUUAGAAAGACUAAAGCAACUGUUCACACCGGUGGUCCGAAAUAUCCGCUUCUGACCUCAGUGCGAUGGAGUCUGAAGAAGAGACAAGAAGUGGGGUAGAUCCUCAAGGAAAACACUAUCUUCUUUAUUGGGCAUUCAUCUUCCUUGGAGCGGUGUUCGUGUUGCCCUACAAUGCAUUCAUUUCUGCAGUUGACUAUCUGUCCUUCACAUUUCCCGAUCGCAAUAGUGAAGCAGUGCUGCCCGCAGUGAAUCUUUGUGUGGCUGUGCUGACAAUCCUGGGGAGUGUUGUACUGGCUAGGAUCAGCGAGACACACUUCCGCAUACGCAUUGGUUUCGCUGCGUUCAUCCUCUCUCUGGGUUUGGUGAUCGUGAUCGUGGCAGUGGUGUCUGGCUGUGGCAGCUCUGCAGCAUUCGCUGGCAUACUGAUGGCAGAUGUUGGAGUUGCAUUCGCAGCUGGAGUACAGCAGGCGAGUGUGUAUGGAUUGUCAAGUAUGCUACCAAUUGCAUACUCACAGGCUGUAAUGACUGGGGAGAGUGUGGCUGGCUCGAUAGAAUCUUCAACACGUAUCAUCACCAAGUUCAUCGGGGACGAUAAGCUACGGACAAGCACACUCGUGUACUUCUCGGUGACCAUGGCAGUGUUGUUGUUUGGAAUUCUUGUACAUCUCUACGUGAAGAAUCAUCGUCUUGUUCACCAUUACUACCAGUGUGCUGGCAGUAGUAGUAGUAGUGGCAGUGACAGUCGGGACAGUGGGGAUGGUGGCGUGGACGCAGUGCAGGGACACGCUGAUAACAGUGCACCAGCGAAGGGAAUAUGCGGAACACCGUAUAACCCCUAUGCUAAUGGAGAGAGUUCCAGUGAAGUUGAAAUGGCGAACUUAGAUGGAGUGAAGAGAUCCGAGUCAGCUGUGUUGACCAAAUACACUUCACUCACAGAGAAGAGUGGACACAUGGCUAGUACCACUGACGGAAGAAGCCAUGUCGCCAACGAAAAUGCAAUUAUCAGCAGUGAUGCAAUGACAACAGAUUAUGAGGAUGAGCAGAAUUUAAUUUCUCCAUCAGCAAGUGGAACGAGUCACUCUAGACCAGUCAGAGAGUGGGUUUUUAGUUUGCAAAGUGUCAAGGAUGGAAUGAAGAUGCGGUGGAGGAUUACCAAGCUCAUUUGGAAGUGGGCGCUGGCAAUCUUUCUGAACCAAGGAAUGACACUGCUGAUGUUUCCGGGUCUCUUUGUCGAGGUUCCAUGGCAUGACAUUGGUGACUGGACGCCUGUCAUUCUCAUUGCCGUCUUCAAUUACUGUGACUUAAUUGGCAAGGCAAUUGGACCAUACAUCAGCCCUUAUCUGACGGGAGGUAGGCUGCUUGCUAUGGUCGGUGUUCGCUCUGUACUUGUACCACUUCUGCUGCUCUGUAUACUGCCAUGCUCAGCACCAUACCUGGACCCUGGCAGUUCAGAGAUAGCUUUCCUACUGGCGGUGAUCGUGGGUUUAACAUCUGGAGCGUUUGCCACCAUAGCUAUGAGCCGAGGCCCUAAGGAUAUCACUACUCAUCGCGACCAAGAAUUGGCUGGUAUGAUCAUGGUCUUCUCAUGUCUCUUGGGACUAUCCAUCGGCGCCUUCCUUGCACUAGCUGUGGCAAAAAGCAUCCCCUGUGAGAAAACGUCAUGCAAACCCAUGAGCAAUGCUUCCUCAUGGACAGCAAACAUGACAACCACUAGCAUGCUCACUACACAACCUUCACACUUGCUCAUCACAACAGUUAAUGCAACAAUGCUCCCAACGCCAGCUGGAAAGACAUGCUCGCCGACUUGUCUGGACUCUGUGAUAACGUAGGCUGAUGCAGAUCAUAGCAUCAGCACAACAUAGCGACAUAUAUAGUAACUUACACACAAGGUCCAGUGGAAGAGAAUCAGUACGUCUCUACCAGGGACGGUAGUAACUUUCCUACUUCUUGGUCUCUACUCUGAGAGUUUCCGAUGAUGAUGCUACGGUAACGUUGGGUGAUUACUAGUAGUAUAUUUAGUAUAUGCGGUGAUAUCAACCUCCUUCUGUCAACAGGACAUAUUAUAUUAAACUACUCAUUUCGUUUUUUAAUGCACCCUUGUCUUUAUAAUAGUAUUAUUGGAUUUUUUUAUUGGAUUAUUUUACAGAGUUCUUUUACAAUUAAACUUGAAAAUGUAUACAGGUGUCGGAUUUCUUCCCUAAUUAUGCACCUUUAAUUUAUACACAUUGUAUUACCACUCCAGCCGUAACCAACACCUUCGCCGUUCUAAUUCUUUACUGGAUUGCAAAGUUCAGAAAAUUCAGCAUGUAGUUAUUUGGGCCAUGAUUCCCAGCAUCAAGUGGACAUUGGAGUGCUAUGUUGAAGCCUAUAAUCCUAUAAUAAUUAAUUUUAUAAGAAGACCCCCACCCGAGCCUAUACUAAGUAUUAAGAUUAUAUUUUCCCGUUUGUGUCUUUCCCUCUAACCAGUGAAUACAAUAAUAAUUAUUAGCUUUA